GAACAAUCACGAGGUAGAGGAAUGGGUAUUACUGAAGCUGAGAUCGAUGACUUAUUUACAACAAUGAGCGAAGAGUACCGUCUUGGAUGUCUGCCUAGACUCUGGAAAAAGAUCAGCGAUGUGAGCCUUGAAAGCUUGCAUUCUUAUUAUUUGAGCGAUACAGCUAAUAAUGACCGAUUUCCGUUUUUGGAUAUUUUCUUUAAACACGAAAAGAACCUAUACCUAAUAAAGAAUCUUUCACCAAUCUUGAAGUUUGUCCAAAUUUUAAAGUCAAGUUUAGAAUACCAAGUCACCAGACAAGAGGCACGUGACAUGACAUUUCGUGACUUUAUAAACAGAGAGUCAAAUAAUGGUGAACUCCAAGAAAUUUUUAAAAUGUUGCAUUCUGCUUUUGAAAAAUUUGAAGAAUCAUGGAGCGCAACCAAAGAACACGUUAAAAGAUACAGGUGUCAACAAUUCAAUCAAUUUCCUAACGUAUCUCUUGACUCAUCUGUCACUUAUGGUUUAAUAGAAGAAAAAGAUGAAA